CAAAAAUACAAGAUUUUCUUUAACUUUCCUUGGUUUAAAAUGAGAUUAUGGUUAUAAUCAUGAAAACAAGUGUAUUAAGGUCUCAAAUUUUGUGCUAACCCACCAUGAUUUUAAGGGUUUUAUGGCUGUUCUUGUCACUGGUAUUUGUUUUAGAGAAAUGGUUAGUUUUUGCAGUUGGGGUUGGUACAAAUUCUUUAACUAGGCCUAGGGUUGUGAACAUUGGUGCACUCUUUUCCUUGAAUUCCACUAUUGGAAAAGUUGCAAAAGUUGCAAUUCAAGCUGCAAUAGAUGAUGUAAAUUCUUCCUCAAAUGUUCUUCAUGGAACCCAACUCAAUAUCUCAAUGCUGGAUAACUGUCAGAAUGGUUUCCUUGGCGUUGCUCAAACAAUAUCAUUAAUGGAGGAAGACAUAGUUGCAAUAAUAGGUCCACAAUCAUCUGUCGUAGCUCAUGUAGUUUCUCCCGUAGCAGAGGGACUCAAAGUCCCUAUACUGUCCUUUGCAGCCACAGACCCAUCUUUAUCUUUGAUCGAGUAUCCUUUUAUUGUCCAGACAACUCGGAAUGAUCUUUACCAAAUGGACGCUGUUGCGGAUCUCAUCAACUACUAUGGAUGGCGGGAAGUAACCGCCAUAUACAUUGAUGAUGAUUAUGGAAGAAACGGAAUUGCAUCUUUAGAUGAUAGUUUAGCCAAAAAUAGUUGUAGGAUAAGCUAUAAAGCGCCUAUGAGCCUUGGCUUAAGCCGUGAUGAGAUUAAGAGACUGUUGUUUCAGGUUAUCUUGCAAGAAUCUAGGAUUUUUGUUCUUCAUACUUAUCAGAGUUAUGGUCUUAAGGUUCUUGAAGUGGCUCGUUCUCUUCAGAUAAUCGAUGAAGGUUUUGUUUGGAUUGCUACGAGUUGGCUAACUGAUGUUAUAGACACUGAUUCUCCUCUUCCUUCCGAAUCACAAAGUGAUGUUCAAGGGUUACUUACCUUUCGUGUGCACACGCCAAAUUCAAAUCUCAAGUUAAACUUCACAGCUCAAUGGAGCAACUUAGUCAGAAAAGAGCAUGAGAAUACCUUGUUUGGAUUGAAUACAUAUGGUCUUUACGCCUAUGAUUCUGUUUGGAUUCUCGCUUAUGCAUUGAAUGCAUACUUCGCUCAAGGGGGGAACAUAUCAUUCUCAAAAUAUUCACCCGAAAAUCAUCAAAAUCAGAAUAGAAACUUAUACCUUGAUUCAAUGAAGAUUUUUGAUGGGGGAGAAGAGCUAUUGUCCAAAAUAUAUGAAGUCAAUAUCACAGGGUUGACAGGCCAUAUUCAGUUUGAUCAAGACAGGAACUUAAUCAACCCAGCUUUUGAAAUCAUUAAUGUGGUCGGAACAGGUCAUAAUAUAAUCGGAUACUGGUCUAACUUUUCUGGUCUAUCAAAAAAACCGCCAGAGGUUGUACCCUCUAUACCAGGCGUAAAUCAGCAACUGUCAAGUGUAAUUUGGCCAGGCCAAACCACAGAUAAGCCUCGCGGAUGGGUUUAUCCAAGCAACGGAAAGGUCCUGAAAAUUGGAGUUCCACACCGUAUUACCUACCUUGAAUUUGCUUCAUAUUCAACUAAAACACACUCAUUCUCAGGAUACAGCAUUGAUGUGUUUACUGCUGCUUUAAGUUUGCUACCAUAUGGUGUUGCGUAUACCUUAAUACCGUUUGGGGAUGGAAAAAGUAACCCGAACAUGGAUGAGCUUGUCGAUCUACUAUCUCAAGGAGUAUAUGAUGCCGUGGUUGGUGAUAUAGUAAUUACGUCCAAAAGAGCUAAAAUAGUAGAUUUUACGCAGCCAUUUAUUGAGUCGGGUCUUGUUGUUGUAGCACCUGUUAAGACCAUGGAUUCAGAUGCGUGGGCGUUCUUGUGGCCGCUAACUCCAAAAAUGUGGUGUGUGACUUGUGUAUCUAUCAUCAUUUUCGGAGGUGUCAUAUGGAUAUUGGAGCAUCGAUUCAAUGAUGAAUUCCGUGGCCCUCCCCUACGACAAUUUAAAACAGUGUUAUGGUUCAGCUUUUCAACUUGGUUUGGUUCUCAUAGGGAGACGCCUCUAACUUUGUUGGGUCGAUUUGUUCUAUUCAUAUGGCUGUUUGUAGUCCUAAUUAUCACAUCGAGUUACACUGCAAGUUUGAGCUCUGUAUUCACAUUGCAUCAGAUUUAUUCCCCUAUCAAAGGUAUUCAUAGCUUAAUGGGAAGCAAAAGUCCAAUAGGAUAUCAAAAAGGUUCAUUUUCUGAGAAUUAUUUGCAUGAGGAGUUGAAGUUUCCCAAGUCUCAACUUAUUCCUCUUAAUAAUGAAGACGAGUAUAAAGAAGCUCUUAGAAAGGGCCCUAAGAAUGGAGGGGUUGCUGCCAUAGUUGAUGAUAUGUCACGAAUAGAAAAUUUUCUCUCAAGGAAUUGUGAAUUCACUAUCAGAGGUCAAACAUUCACUAAAAAUGGAAGGGGAUUUGCAUUUCCUCAAGACUCUCAAUUGGCUAUAGACAUGUCGACAGCCAUAUUAAAACUGUCGGAGGGAGGCGACUUGCAGAGAAUCCAUGAUAAGUGGCUCACAAAAAGUGCUUGCAGGUCACAGGAUACCAAGCUUACAGUAAACAGGCUGGAGCUUGAUAGUUUCUGGGGUCUCUUCUUCGUUUGUGGUUUAGUUUGUUUCUUUGCUUUCAUCAUAUAUUUUGGACGUUUGGUGAAGAAAUUCUUGCACCAUCGGCCACCCAUUCAGGAUGAAUUCGGCUACCAAACACCACCGCCCAAGAGCCGCCUCAAGAGGUUUUUUGUGUUCUUCAAUGAGAAGGAAGCUGAAUCAUGAAACGGUUUUGAAGGCUGUAGACUCAAUUAGGAACGGGAACAGCAACAAGAGGGGGUGAAUUGUUUUUGUUACUAGUUUAAGCGUUUUUGCCCUGUUUUUGCGGAAUUGAAUUAAAAUAAAUAAAGCUUAA